CACGGAGUAGGUCACGGCAACUCGACCGCGAAGGAGAGAAUCUCUCAAACACGUUCUUUAUCGGUAAACGCUGAUCAUCUGUUGUCGACGACUCGUUGUCAAAAGAAUCAGCUGUACGAUAAAAUCAGUGCGAUAAAAGCGCGGGCAUCAAGACACGAGCGUAACAAUAUUAUACUUGUGCGCAAGAAUGCAAGAUGUCAAAAAUUAAAAUACUGUUACAUCAUAGCAUUAGAAUACAAUAAGCCAUCAGACUGUGGAUGUAUAAAUAGCAUGAGAUUACCCAUUGUAUGCCAGUUAUGUAUAUUAAAUCGUCUGGAAUAGAUCGGCAACACUUACUACUGCACUUAGUCUACUAAGAUGUUCUACUUAUUACGUACAUGGAUCAUCGUCAUUAACGUUAUAUAUUUAACAAUGGAUUGGAUAUUUUCGCUUACCCGCUAUAGGAAGCCACCUAGCAUACCGCCGCUAAAAGAUUCUUUACUAACAAUAAGUGCUGCUGAGCUCGCUCAAAAGAUCAGGGAUCAACAUUGCACGAGCUAUCAAGUGGUGCGCGCAUACAUCGAACGAAUCAAGGAGGUGAAUCCUUACCUAAAUGCCGUCGUCGAAGACCGAUACGAGAUCGCUUUAGCCGAGGCGAAAAAUUGUGAUAGAUUGUUGGAAGACGGCAAUAUGGAUAUCGUAAAAUUAAAAGAACAAAAACCGCUCUUCGGUAUACCGUUCACUGUGAAAGAAAGUUUACCUGUUAAAGGUCUUAGUCAUACGGGUUGCACUUUAGCUUACAAAGGAAGGAAAGCAACCACCGAUAGUUUUGCUGUCAAGAUGCUGCGAGAUGCUGGCGCAAUACUGCUAUGCGUCACCAAUACUCCGGAAAUGUGUAGCGGGUUGGAUAGUUACAAUUUUCUGUAUGGUCGUUCGUAUAAUCCUUACGAUACAAGAUACACACCUGGCGGUUCGGCUGGCGGUGAGGCCGCAUUGCUCGGCGCAGGCAGUUCCUUGAUCGGAAUUGCCGCGGAUUUCGGCGGUUCUUUAAGGGUACCGGGACUUUUCUGCGGGAUCUUUGGAUUCAAACCCUCGCCGAAAGUUAUUCCGAGCAGAGAUCAUUUUCCAUCGAACAACAACGAAAAUUUCGAAAAUUACGUAGCGGUCGGCCCGAUGACUAGGUACGCAGACGAUCUCAGUCUGUUUAUGAAAGUGAUAUCGAUGAAAUCCAAUUGCGACUUAUGUCUGGACGAGCCGGUCGAUUGGAAGCAAAUGAAGGUCUAUUACCGAGACAGUCUGAGUAAAUCAUUUGGUAUUUUGUCACUAUCGCCGGAAUUCAAACAAUGCAUUCUAAAAGCUACUAUUCAUUUUGUCGAACGCGGUGUUCAUACGGAGAAGAUACCGAUAGAGUGGCCUGCGCGGUUACUCGAAAUGAUAACGGUGCAUCUUUUGGAUACUGGAGAGUUUGACCUAAUUAUAGAUGCCAAGAAUCCCAAGCUUCGAAAGAAUCCUAUAGUGGAAAUGAUAAAAGCUAUAUUCGGGCAAUCGCAUCACACGAUGUCUUUACUACAUGUCCAGUUUGUAAAUCAUGUCUGUCAUAGGAUAUACUCGGGAAAAGAGAUAUUACGUUACUAUUCGCAGGGGUUUAAGGAAUUUCAACAGAAGUUGCAGAAACUAUUGGGAAAAAAUGGAGUGUUAAUUUAUCCCACUUUCCGAAGCACAGCACCUUUUCCUGAACUGGCUUUAGGUGAACUACCAAAUAUCAUACUGUAUUCCUCUUUGGUUAAUGUUCUUGGCUUCCCUGCAGUGCAAGUACCAAUGGGGCUCAACAGCAAGGGAAUGCCCAUGGGUCUUCAGGUGAUAGCUGCGCCAUAUCAGGACCGUCUCUGUUUGGCUGUUGCAAAGGAGUUAGAGAUGGCCUUCGGUGGUUGGGUACCGCCUUCGAUAUCAACAAUAAACAAUUAAGAGAUUAUCGAUAUCUCUUAAUAUAUUAUUCUUUUCUUUUUAUCUGCUGCUUCUAUUCACAUACACGCACUCGCUAGCAAAUUAUUGGUCUAUCCUUCUUAGCUGACUGUAUGCAUUAAUUAAGAAAAUGUAUAAUAUAUUAAAACUUAUGAAGCUUA